AUGGCCGAUUCAUACAGUUCCCAUUCUUCCUACACUCCACCGACCCUGGAUGGAGUUGGUUCUUAUCCUCCAGAUGAACAACAGCAUCAAUUUCAUCAACCACCUUCUGCAGACUAUCCGUAUUCACGGCCAGGACCUGGCCUAGAUCCGAGUUAUGGCUAUGCACCGCAGCCCCUGGGCGGACCGAGUCCCAGUCCCCAUCUUGAUCCAAACCACCUUUCAUCCGCGCCUUAUCAGGGUGCCACGCCGGAACGAAUUCAUACGUCGACCGCACAAGCAAAUUACAGGGCCCCGGUAUACACGGCAGAUGGAUACCCCGCCGAGAGGACUGGAGAUAGAGUUCCUGAAAACUUGAGCUACUAUAAUCCACCCGCCAACGUGGAACCUCCACCCUACGAGCCAUCCGUCCAUGUCAGUCAGCCGCAAGGUCAGGCCCAGUCUCUCCAUCCAACAGAUCGGCAGAAUGGAGGGACCGAUGAAAGUCUCCAGGCGGACCGUGGAAUCGGGGGUUCUCUGGCCGGUGGUGCAGCAGGGUAUUAUUUCGGGUCGAAGAAGAAUCACGGUCUACUAGGAGCGAUUGGCGGCGCGGUAGCGGGUAAAUUUUUGGAACAUCAAUUCAAGAAUCGCAAGCAUGAGAAUGAGCAUGGGAGUGGUCAUCAUCACCAGUACGAGCAGGGUCGCGGUCGCGGACACCAUUCUGAAGAGGGCUACUAG